UAUAUUAUGGUUUCAGCCUAAUAUCAGUAAAUAAACUGGCAGCAAGAAAGUGAUAUUUAAUUUUUUUUUAAUGUAGCUUGUUUACAAUCAGCAUAGAUACAAAUUUCAGAAAUAUUGUCAGACCGGCCUAGAGCCUGGUUGGACAUGCUACAGAUUUGAACAUGAUGCAUUAGAUUAAUGAGGGAGUCGUCGUUCCUACAUAGCGAGAUUUGAUGUGAACAUUCUCUGGUUACUAGUUUUCAAGAAAUCUGGCAGCUUCUUCUGAACUGAAGUUAGCCAUAUGUUGAAUUUAUCCUGAUGAUUGUCAACAUCUUGGCUGGAAGGUUGGCUGAAAUCUCUCUUGCAUGUUGUUGUAUGAUUUUAGUGAAGCGCUACUAGAAAAGUAGACAGUUGUCCCUGCCAUUAUGGAAGUGGAUGAGGCUUCUGAUGGAACUCACGCUCAGCGCUCCAAGGAAAAUAUGAUGAAAAUAGGUGACUAUGUAGUCAUACAGAGAAAGAAUUAUUCAAAAAUUCACAAAAUUUCCAACAAAUUGUCAGUGAUGAUUGGAAACAACCAAUUGGAACUGGAUAACAUCAUUGGACGACCUUUUUCCACAACCUUCAGAAUGGUGCCAAAGGAAAAGAAAAGAAAUGUUUUUGUGUUGGAGGAGUGUAGCAAGGCUGAAAGCCUUGUUGAAAAGCUUAUAAAGGAUGUUGCCAGUGGAACAGACAAUAGAAAUAUAGUUGGUGAUAACAGUUCUCAAAAAUUAUCCAAGGAGGAGAUUGUCAGCUUGCGUGAUAGUGGAAUGUCUGGUUGUGACAUAGUAAGUCAGCUUUUAGAGAACAGUAAAACAUUUCAGGAGAAAACUGAGUAUUCUCAAAAGAAAUAUUUAAGUAAGAAAGAAAAGAAGUAUUUUGAUUAUGUGUUAAUUAGGAAACCUACUCUACGAUUGGUAUGUGACAUAAUUUAUAAACAAGACCCUAUGAAAAUAAUAGGUUUGCGUUGUGACACACUCUCUCAACUGAUUACUGGUGUAGGUGUCAGUUCAGGUGGGACAUACAUAGUUUAUGAAAGCUCCUGUGAGGGAUUACCGACAGCAGCACUUCUCAAUUAUUUAGGUGACGAUGGAUAUUUAGUACAUACUUUCCCAGGAAUGACACCUCAAAGACAGGCAAUUUUUGCUAUGAAUUACAGUGAGUCCCAGAAAAAGCGACUAAUCAGUGUUAGUAUCAUGAGUCUCAUGGAAAAAUUAAAUAAAAAAGUUGCUAUUGAAAGUAGUACUAGUCAUUCACAGACAGGAGACCAUGUACAACAAGAUAUUAAUAACGGAGGGGAAAGUGGUCAUUCGGAACUUACAGGUGUCACUGCUUUUAUGUCUAGUAGCUGUGGCGCAGUCAUGAAUGACGAAAGUGGAAGGCAUGUAGAUGUGUGUCCUGAUACAAAUUUGAAGCAGAGUGUAGAAGAAACAGAGUUCAGUAGGAAUGAACUUUUAACAGGGGAUCAGCUAUCAUGUGAUAGAUCAGAUGAAAAUAAUCAUUUUACUUUGAAUUCAGGUGAUAUUAGGUUAGAUGAUUCAGGGAGUGGAGUCACGCAUCAGACCUUAACAUCAAGUAAUGACGGCCGAGAGGAAGAAAGAAUUUUUCAUGACCUUAAAAGAAAAAAUGCAGUCUCUGAAAUGAACGAAGUAAAGAAACCACGUUGGGAGAUGGAUUUAGACAGAGCUGUGGAUUUGCUGUCACCACAAAAUGUUGACGGUCUAGUUGUUGUUGGACGUGAAGAUCCAGCUGACAUAGUUUUACAGUUGCUACCAUACCUCGCUCCAUCAAGAAAUUUUGCUGUAUAUUCCUGGUGUCGUGAGCCUUUAGUUGAACUUUACAUCAAAUUAAAGAAGGAUGGUGGUGUCAUUAAUGCUCACCUUACAGAAACAUUCUUUCGGACUCAUCAGGUUCUUCCCAACAGAACACAUCCUGAUAUUCAGAUGAGUGGAAGUGGAGGCUACAUAUUAUUGGGAACAGUAGUGCUUCAGCAUUCACCAAAAGAAAAAAAUAAUUAAUUUUAGUAUUUUUUGACGAAAAACUUUAUAUUCAGCGGUGGUGUUAAAUGUUGAAUCAAUACAUCCACUCUUUUUCAUUUUUGAUUUUACCUGUUUGUAUUGAGAAGAACUAGCUAACAGUUUUAUAUGUUCUUGAGACAUCUCAUAUCCACAGCAUGCUCUAGAUAAUUAAAAUGUUAAAAUAAUUCUCUAAAGAAAUAUAUUUUUGUGACAAAAUAUUUCCUUUUCUUAUACAUCAAGCAUAUUGGAAAAAUAUUUUUUAAACGAUUUUACCUUUCUUAGUAAAUGAAGAUCUUGUAGUACAUGAAAUAAAUGGUAGUUACUACUGGAA